AUGUUUCUGAUUAAGAGUCUACAGAAAAGCACUGCAGGCCGAGUAGUAAAAUUCGAUCCCAUGCAUGUGGGCAAGGAGAAGGCUCGAUUGGUGAGGAUGAAUGCCGCGGCUUUCAACCAUGGUCAAGGUGGACCCAUGCGCAAAAUGGACUUCACAGAAAGGGCUGUAGGCGACAGACGAAACGCUCCGGGACCGCGGGCGGGACCUGAUGGAGGGCUGGACGGGGUGACGUCGGCGAUUGUGAUGGCAAUGCAAUAUCUGCGCCAGUGUCGUGACGCUGAGCUACUACGUGACACGGGGAGCAGUCGAACGAGCCACAGCGCCAAUGAAAUGCACAAGGACCUGGAGAUACGAGACAUGGCAUGGUUGUAUGUGUAUCUGACAAGACGGCGAUGGGUUUUUGCGGUGCCGGCCGAGGUUGGCGAUGGACGCAAAAAUAACACUCCAGACAUGGAGUUAGGCUGCCCGCCACAAUAUGCAGGGAGGACAGCUAAGACAGAUGGCCAGGAUAGGGUUAACCUUGAUUUGAAAGCUGGAGUGGAUGCUGUCGAUGACAAGCCGGAUGGGUGGGUGAUGGAGGGCGUGGAGCUGUCUCUUCUCCCCUUACCCGGCAGGAUGAACGCGGAUGGGACAGCGCAUAUCCUCACCUCCCGACACCCUGGCAGCUUGAGACCCUGGCACGCUGACACGCCGCCGUGGCCCUGGGACCGGCCGUUGGGAGAUGAUCCCCGUGGCUCCCGGGAUGAGGAAUCAAUCGCCUAUUUUCUUGUUGCCUUGAUCAAGGACUCAAGACGGACCCAGAUGGCUGGGCGAUGGAGCAUGACGUAUUUUGUCUGCUGCCAACUGCCUCGCCUGCCUCGCUUGUCUUGGGUGGGAGUCGGAGUGGGAUGGUGGGAGGGAGGGAGCCAUCUCAAUGUCCGUCCAUCAUUGUCCCGGUGCUGA